UAAUAAUAAUAAUAAUAAUAAUAAUAAUAAUAAUAAUAAUAAUAAUAAAGAUACUAAGUUUAACACUGAUAAUUAAUGGGUGGUCUUUUCUCCAAUUGUUCAUCUUCUUCCUCUCAACCUCAAGGUUCUCAACCUCAACCGCAACCUACAGCUCAAUAUCAAGAUCAAGAUGCCAACUCUUCAGUCCUUAUAUUUCACUCAAAAGACACUUGGAAUUCAAAGUGGCAAACUCUCAAGGCAAGCAACAAGUUGGUCGUGAUCGAUUUCUCGGCGUCUUGGUGCUCGCCUUGCCAUUUCAUGGAGCCAAUAUUUAAAGAGUAUUCUGAGAAUUUCACCGAUGUGAUCUUUAUAAAAAUUGAUGUUGAUGAACUUAUGGAUGUGGCUAGGGAAUGGAGUGUGGAGGCUAUGCCUACGUUUGUGUUCGUGAAGGAAGGGAAAGAGGUGGAUAGGUUGUUGGGUGCUGAUAAAGAUGGCCUCAAGGAGAGGAUUUUGAAAUUUAGGGUUUGAUUUUAUGGUUGUUUUCCUAGCUGUUUUUAUAAAAAUAUAAAUAAAUCUUUUAUGAAACUAUA